AUGUCAGAAUUCAGUGGGAACAAUAGCGAGGAUCUCACGCUUCCAAAAGUACAAAAAAUUAUAGGUGAAGUUAUACCAUCAGAUUUAACAUUCUCAAAGGAAGCAAGAGAUGUUGUUGUGGAAUGUUGUAUUGAAUUCAUAAUGAUUUUAUCUGAUCAAUCUAAUGAAAUUGCUGAAAAAGAAGCUAAGAAAACUAUAGCAUCUGAUCAUGUUGUUAAAGCAUUACAAGAAUUAGGAUUUAUAGAUUAUAUUGAGCCUAUUGAAGCUGCAUUAUUAGAACAUAAGGAAUCCCUGAAAGGUAGAGAAAGAAAGAAUAAUAAAUUCCAAAAUUCUGGUUUCACUGAAGAAGAGUUAUUAAAACAACAAGAGGAAUUAUUUAGACAAUCUCGUUCAAGAUUACAAAAUCAAGGCCCAAAAGAUGAAGUUAAAUCUGAAGAGUGA